AUGCACAAGAGAGCAAUAGCACGGACAGCAUCAUCAGUCAUUUUCUUCUUGCUUUUUUCUUCUUUUUUAAUUUAUUCAAUCAAUGCCCAGACGACCAUUGAUGGCUUUAUCAAAACAAAGGAUGAAUUGAAAGAUACUUCGUUUGAUUAUAGCACAAUUUCAAUUCACUUGGUCAACAGCAAGGGUUACGUAAAGGAAAAGGUUGAAGUAUCACCAGAAUCGGGAUUUUGGCUUCUUCCGAUUUAUGACGAAGAUGAUAAGAGUACUUAUACUUUGAAAGCUGUUUCAAGCAACAAGGCUCUUUCAAUUGAACCCGAAGGUAUUGAAGGAAAUUUGAAGACACUAGCCUCCAAGAAGAAUUUAGACUUUUAUAUUGUUGGAUAUAGAAUCACAGCUAGUGGUGCCAUCAAAGUUCAACAGUUAGAUUCCGAAGUAUUAUUGGAGGGAGCACCUGUUGGCGUUCAAGUUACAUUGAAAAAAGGAAAUCAAGCCGAAAGAAAAUCAACAACCAAACAAGAUGGAGCUCUCUCUUUUGACCAAGUAUUGCCUGGCAAUUAUGAGCUAGUUGCAAGUCAUCCAGAAUUAAUCUUUUCUUCUCCUUCCACUUCCUUGACAGUGAACAAAGAUGGAUCCAUUCACAUUGGUAAGCCAAUUGUGAUUGGCGGCUUUAAAGCUGCAGGAAAAGUUGUGCUGUCAUCAAGCAUUGAAGGCUCUGAUAGUGACUUACCAAUUGCUGGUGUUACCGUCUAUCUUAAGAAACCUACUCGCAUUAACAAAGAAAUCUCUCUUCCUUGCACAAAACCUAGCGACCCAGCAAAUGGCAUUUGUGUCACGACCACCGAUAGCAAUGGAUCAUUUGAAUUCAAGGGCUUGCCUGUGUUUGUGAAUGGAGACUAUGUGGUAAGCGCUGAAUACAAAAAAUUCAACAUUGAUCCUGCAGAGAUUAGCUUUAAGCUUGCAAGCCCAAAUAAUGUUGUUAUUAAGAGAAGCUUUAGAGUAACUGGUUUUUCUGUGAGAGGUCAAGUUCUUGAUGCCAAAGAUAAACCAUUAGCUAAGGCCAAGUUGACCAUUAUUAAUAAGAAAACACAAAAACGAAAGGAAAAAUCGACUGACAAUGAAGGCUUCUUUACAUUGGAUGAUUUGAAUGGAAAUGAAGUAUUGGACAUUCAGACCGAAUACAUGGGCUUCACAUUCCCAAAGGUCAGUGUAUCUCCCCUUCCUUCAAAAACUCAAAUGGACAGCAUUAAGCCAACCCACGUUCAGCUUUGUGGAAAUUUAAUCAGUGACACUCCUUUGAGUCAAAAGAGACAAGUGAUUCUUAAGGUUGCCGACCAAAAAUUGCAAACAUCUACAAAGAAUGACUUCUGCUUUGACGUACCAGUUCAAAAGAAAGCCACUACUACCGCAUCAUUGGAAGUUUUGCCUGACAGUGACCAAUUUAAUUUUCAUCCUCUGACAUUUGAGUUCCAUAAUGAACCCAUGAAAGGUCUCCAAAUUGCUCAAACGUUCUUCAAACUUGAUGUUCAACUCAAAUUGAAGUCAGCAGAAAAAGCUACUGUUAUUCUUUUGGAUAAGGAAAAACGCAAGAUUGCUCAACAAGAUACUGACACAACAACUCCAGUCCGCUUUGAAAAUUUAUUGCCAACGAGGUAUACUGUUCGUGUUGAACAGCAAACAGUAUGUUGGAAAUCAAACUCGAACGAAGUAAUUGUUGAUCUAAGAGAUAAGGAUCAAGAAAUUUUAUUUGAACAAAUUGGAUACAGUAUUACAGUCAGAUCUUCUCAUGAAGGAGUUAAACUUUCUUCUAAACUCAAAUCCAGCACAGACAAGACAGUCGUCACCUCUUUGAGAAAAGGAAUGAAUUCAUUGUGUGUACCUACACAUGGUGUGUAUGAACUUUCCAUUCAAGAGAGUUGCUUCAAGUUUAAGGAUGGAAAUAACUAUGAGUAUGAUACAGCCUCUCCAAAAGUUAUUGACUUGGAAGUAUCUGGGUACUUAAUUAGAGGACAAAUUAAUACUCCAUCGAACGAGAAAGUUGUGGUUCACAUUACCAAUCUCGACACACCUCAAGAAAAAUCCACUGUUACAGCAUCAAGAGGUACAAAUUCUUUGAUUUAUCAAUACUUUACAACAACUGCUUCAGAGAGCACCUUUGAGAUUAAGCCUCAAAGCGACACGCUGUUAUUCUUCCCACAAAAAAGAGUAUUCAAAAUUACAAAGGAAAUGAUCCAGAGUGGUAAAUGUAUUCCUGAAAUUCCUUCAUUUGAUGGAAAAGAAGGUAGAUACAUUUCUGGUAGCGUUUCUGAAAAAAUUAAGGGAGUCAAAAUCUCAGUCAACUCUGGAGAACGUGUUGCAUAUACAGAUGACAACGGUACCUUCAAAAUUGGACCUCUCUAUGACGAUGCUGAAUACAAAUUGGCAGCAGAACUUGAAGGUUAUUCAUUCGAGCAAAUCCAGGGUAACAACUUUAAGGCACACAAACUUGCAUCUAUUACUGUAUCUACCCAACUAGAAGGUGUUUUAAUUUCCAUUGUAUCAAGCAAACACAGAAGCAAUACUAUUGUUCCAGCAGAGGGAAAGAUUACAGUGCGCAAUUUAUUGCCUGAUAAAUACUUUGUCAAGGCCACUCUUAAGGAAUAUGAAUUUGAACCAAGCUCAAAGUAUCUUGAAUUAGGUCAAGGAAAGGAUGAAGAAAUUGCUUUUACAUAUAAGAAGACCGGAUUUUCUGCAUUUGGAAGUGUCAAGUCGAUUGGAAACGAGCCUGAACCAGGUGUGACCAUACAAGCCAUUUCCAAAGAUUCUGGAGAAUAUGAAGAAGUCACUACUGAUCAGAAAGGCGAGUUCAGAUUGCGUGGAUUGAAACCAAACAUCAGAUACUACAUUACAGUUGGAAAUACUCAACAUAACAUCGAAAGAUCCUCACCAAAGCAGAUUGUGAUUCAAAAGGAAAACAACAAUGACGUUUUUGGAAAUGACUUUAUCAUUUUCAAGCAAACUACCUUACAAUUCUCUGGAGAAGUCUCUCUUUCUAGCGACAUUUCUAUUCAAGACAAUAUUACAGUUGAAAUUGAUUUAUUGACAAGCUCUAACGCCAAACAAUUCAAGAUUAUUUCUUCCCAAAAGCUUCCUCUCACCAACUUCUUCCAUUUCACCCUACCCGUUGAGAACUAUUUUCGUGACGAUAAUACUAAAUUCUAUAUAAGAGUGACAUCCUCCGGUAAAGCAGGAAAGCUUAACACUGUCACUCACUCAAUUGUAGGUGUGAAAAAUAUUAAGGAGCAAAAUGCACAGGAAGAAAAUCAAAGAGACAAGUCUUCAAGUGCUGGGGCUGCUUCACUCGGCUCUGAUAUUCAAGUUGAAACCCUCUCUUCUACCAAAUAUCACUCUCUCAUUAACUUCUCUUUGAAGCCAAGUGAGCCAUCCCGAUCACAAACUGGAUCUCACGAUCACAUCGACCAAAAACCUCUAUUUGCAUUGGUAUUCAUUCUCUUAGUUAUUGCUGCCUAUAGAUAUAGAUCCACUAUCGAAGGCCUGUUAAGAAAGUAG